AUGGCUUCCACUGCAGCAGGCGAUGGAGUUACAAAGCAUAGGGCGUGCGACGAAUGCCGAUCCCGAAAACUCGCAUGCUCCAAAGAACCCGAUGGCUGUUCUCGGUGUACAAAGGAGGGAAUAAUAUGUUAUUAUUCUCCGCAGAAGCAAAUGGGCCGUCCCCGAAAGAGGCGGCAUGUGGAUGUGGAUGACGAGGCUACUCUACCAGCACCGACCAUUUCCCAGCCGCCAGAGGAAGCCCUUCUAUUUCUCCAGUCAGAUGAUAAUAUCUCCUAUGAGUACCCGAAUCAGACGCAAACAACCGGAGAUUUGCUUCUAGAUCUCAACUUCCUGGACGAUCCAGCUAAUGCGAACGCCGACACAUGGGGCUUGCAAGCUAGCCAUGACACGUUUUCUUUCAACCCGCAGAUCGUGGAACCCCAAGGCUUGCUCGUAGACAAUGCGACAUUGCCUACAUUGGAUCUGAGCGGUGUCGACCUCCUUGGUAGUAUCAAUUUUGGCAAGACAGACGCCCCGCAAGAAACAAUUUCGAUGGAUCUCAGCAAAACACUGCAGCAGUACCUAGCAGAUCAGAUUGAAUCCCCAAACCCAGGAUUACAACAGAACUUUAACACACCGACACCACCUGACUCUAGCGAAAAUGGUGCCUCUGUUGAAUCCUCAGAGAGUGUGAUUAGAACACCGACUCCAUCUAUGCGAUCUGUCCCAACAGUGUCUUGCGGGUGUCUGUCAUCACUUUAUUUAGCUCUCGAGUCUCUUGGAAAUCUGCCGGCUGAGGUUAUACCGGCCAUGAAAGUCGCACGGAAUGCAUCCAAGGUCGCUCACGACGUUAUCAAAUGUAAUGUCUGUUCUGCAUCUCUGCAUGACGAACCCACUAAGCCUCCUCCCAUACAAUCUUUCCAGAACCUCAUGCUUCUUGGCGCUCUGGUUCCAUCUGCAUGCAACGCCUACGCAAGGAUUCUAGAAAUGAUAGAUGAAGAGACUGCGCUCGCCAAGCGGCAAGGACGCACCUUUUGGUUCUCAUUCAAAGAAAUCGGCGGCCUCUGGGGUUGCAUUGGGGGUACGCCCAAGGGCUGCACGACUUAUCAAAGCUACAACAACAAGGACAUGCCUCCCGAUAUGUGGAGAAUGACAAUCAGGGGACUCCUUCGCCUCGACGUCUACGGGUUGGAUGAAAAGGACCAGGAGAUCCCAGGCGCGAUGACCUAUCGACAGCUUGGGCUCAAAGAUGUCGUUGGGCAACUUGAGGAGAGAAGCAAAAAGAGACAUGAUGCUCUUGACGCACUUCAUGCUGCUGGUCACGCACAUGAAGCGGCUCGUGGAGUUAUUUACCCGACUAAGGCUUGUUCUCCAGCAGAGCGCAAUUGUACCAAAGUCCUCGAGACAGCACGUAUUGCGCUAGAAAAUCUAGUUAUCGCGUAA